AUGAAUGCCCGCUUCCUCUCAGCCGAGCAGAAGUUCCACGCCGUGCAACGCCUUGCCGAGAACCGAACAGGGAUCAGGAACGCGAAGUGGAAGUGGGAUCAGGUGUGGGAGGCUCUCCUCGAUGUGAAGAUUUGGAUCAUUGUUGUGUUCAACGUCGUAAUCAACAUCCCCAACGGCGGUCUUGUGACGUUCGGCUCCAUCAUCAUCAAUGAUCUAGACUUCUCGUCUUUAGAUGCAAGCCUGCUCACCAUGCCAUUCGGUGUGCUGGCGACGUCUGGUGCGUGGUUCUUCAGCUACAUAGCGGCGAGGUGGCACAACAGACGAACAUUAGUCGCCUGCAUCGCCCUGCUGUUACCAAUAUUGGGCACGUCUUUGGUGUACGGCUUGCCGAAAAGCAACAUUGCCGGCCAGAUGGUCGGCUUGUACUUCAUGUACUUCUAUUGGCCCCCAUAUGUGAUUGGUAUCUGGCUGCCUCAAGCGAACACUGCAGUCAAGAUCCAUCUCGGCGAGGAGGUGAAGUCGCUGCUAUACACCGGAAACACUUGCAAGGGUGCCACAACGGUGUCAGGAAAGCAGUACCAGGCUCCGCUCACCAUCCUGACGCUCGGUGCCUUAUUGGCCGCCGUGCUCCCGCAGCUGACGCCCGCCGAAGCGGAUAAGCUGCGCGCCGGCGCGGGCUACACGCAUUAUACCCAGGUGGCCGGUUCCGAUGCGAAACUGUCCGUGCCACCGGAGAACAACGCGUUCAUCCCGGCCCAGGACGAGGCUGCUAUCCGCCGGCUGCUGCGGGAGACAUUGCCGGCGCUGGCGGAUCGGCCCUUGAUCAAUAGGACGAUGUGCUGGGUCGCGGAUACCGGGGAUACGGAAUACGUCAUCGACUUCGUACCCAACAAAAAGGGGGUAAUGGUCGUAUCGGGCGACUCGGGACAUGCGUUCAAGAUACUACCCGUGGUGGGAGGAUAG